AUGAGUAGAAGGGUGCGGAGGAGGAUUGCGAGGAGGGGCAAAGAGAAAGUGGAUUGUGUGGAGAUUGAUGACAAUUUGAGUUUGGACGAGAAAGGGGUACUUGAUUGGAUCAGGUUACCUGAUGAUACAGUAAUUCAGCUAUUUUCGUACCUGAAUUACCGUGACCGAGCUAGCCUGUCUUCAACCUGUCGGUCAUGGAGGAUUCUGGGUAAAUCUCCAUGUUUGUGGCAGGAAUUGGAUCUGCGGCCCCACAAGUGUGACACUUUUGCUGCUGCUUCACUUGCCUCUCGGUGCCAGAAUCUUCAGAAGCUUAGGUUUCGUGGUCUUGAAUCUGCCAACGCAAUUAUAAAUCUUCAAGCUAGGAAUUUACGUGAGAUUAGUGGUGACUGUUGCAAAAAAAUGACUGAUGCUACCCUCUCUGUACUUGCAGCCCGACAUGAAGAGCUAGAGUGCCUUCAGAUUGGGCCAGAUUUCUGUGAAAGGAUAAGCGGUGAUGCAGUUAAAGCAGUGGCAAUUUGUUGUAGACAACUGCAGAAACUUCGGCUCUCAGGUAUUCAUGAAGUGGAUGCAGAUGCUAUCAAUGCUUUGGCAAAGCAUUGUCCGAAUUUAGCAGAUAUUGGAUUCAUCGACUGUCAGAAGGUUGAUGAGACUGCCCUCGGAAAUGUUGGAUCAGUUCGCUUCCUCUCAGUUGCAGGAACAUCUAAUAUUAAGUGGAAUUUGGUUUUACAGCCUUGGAGUAAGCUGCCUCACUUGACAGGCUUGGAUGUUUCUAGAACUGACAUUACCUCAAGUACUGUUUUAAGAUUGUUUUCAUCCUUCAGUAGUUUGAAGAUUUUGAGUGCCUUAAAUUGUCCAGCACUUGAGAAUGAUGCCACCCUCAUUUCCAACAACAAUCACAAAGGUAAAGUGUUGCUUGCUGUCUUCACGGACAUUCUUAAAGGAGUAGCUACCCUAUCUGCUGAUAUUACAGAAGACAGGAGCAAUGUUUUCUUGAAUUGGAGAAAGUUUAAAACCAUGGAUAGGGGAUCAGAGGAGAUCAUGAAUUGGCUGGAAUGGAUCCUUUCACAUUCACUUCUACGUGUUUCUGAGGGCAAUCCACCAGGUUUAGAUAAUUUCUGGCUCAACCAAGGCUCGAUCUUGUUGCAUAGUUUCAUACGUACUGCCCAGGAGGAAGUUCAAGAAAGGGCAGCCACGGCUCUUGCAACAUUUGUCGUCAUCGAUGAUGAAAAUGCCAGUAUAGACACUGGAAGGGCUGAAGCAGUUAUGCGAGACGGUGGCAUACACCUUCUCCUGAAUCUUGCUAGGUCAUGGCGGGAGGGGCUUCAGUCAGAUGCUGCCAAGGCCAUAGCAAACCUGUCGGUGAAUGCUAAUGUUGCAAAAGCUGUGGCAGAGGAAGGUGGAAUCAGUAUUCUUGCAAAUCUUGCCAGGUCUGUCAACAAAUUGGUCGCAGAAGAGGCUGCUGGAGGGCUGUGGAACCUUUCUGUUGGUGAAGAGCACAAGGGUGCUAUUGCUGAAGCUGGUGGUGUAAAGGCUUUAGUUGAUCUCAUCUUCAAAUGGUCAAGGACCACUGGUGGUGAAGGAGUUUUGGAACGUUCAGCUGGUGCAUUGGCAAAUUUGGCAGCAGAUGAUAAAUGCAGCAUGGAAGUUGCUUCAGUGGGCGGUGUCCGUGCUUUGGUAGCACUUGCUCGAAAUUGCAAGGUUGAUGGAGUGCAAGAGCAGGCAGCUCGUGCCUUGGCAAAUUUGGCUGCUCAUGGAGAUAGCAAUGGUAACAAUGCUGCUGUUGGACAAGAGACAGGAUCUCUUGAAGCUCUUGUACAACUCAUCCGCUCUCCUCGUGAUGGUGUCAGGCAAGAAGCUGCUGGUGCAUUAUGGAAUUUAUCGUUUGAUGACAGAAAUCGAGAAGCCAUUGCAGCAGCUGGUGGCGUUGAGGCAUUGGUGGCUCUUGCGCAGUCUUGCUCAAAUGCUUCUCAUGGCCUUCAGGAAAGGGCUGCUGGUGCUCUGUGGGGAUUGUCUGUCUCUGAAGUUAAUAGUAUCGCGAUUGGCCGAGAAGGAGGCGUGGCACCCCUAAUAACAUUGGCACGAUCAGAUGCAGAGGAUGUCCACGAGACUGCUGCAGGAGCUCUUUGGAAUCUUGCUUUUAAUCCUGGUAAUGCUCUUCGAAUUGUAGAGGAAGGAGGUGUUCCUACCCUAGUACAUCUCUGUUCUUCUUCUGUAUCAAAAAUGGCACGAUUCAUGUCAGCAUUGGCACUGGCAUACAUGUUUGAUGGAAGAAUGGAUGAAAUUGCCCUGACAGGGACAUCCUCAAAAAGCACUUCCAAGAGUGUAAGCCUAGAUGGUGCUAGAAAAAUGGCUUUGAAAAACAUUGAAGCUUUUGUCCUGACCUUUUCUGACCCACAAGCAUUUUCUGCUGCUGCUGCAUCAUCAGCUACUACAGCACUGACCCAAGUAACAGAAUCUGCUCAAAUUCAAGAAGCAGGUCAUCUAAGAUGCAGUGGUGCAGAGAUAGGAAGAUUUGUUGCAAUGCUACGAAAUCCUUCUCCUAUACUAAAAGCAUGCGCCGCAUUUGCUCUUCUUCAGUUUACCGUCCCUGGUGGCCGGCAUGCGCACCAUCACGUAUGCCUUCUGCAGAAUGCUGGAGCACCAAGGGUGCUGCGUGCAUCAGCAGCAGCAACAGGUGCCCCACUGGGAGCCAAAAUUUUUGCACGUAUUGUUCUCCGAAAUCUGGAGCAACAUCACAAGGGAUCUUUGGUCUGA